CCCGCCUCGCAUCCAGGGCACCCGGCCGAGCGUGUGUGGAUGGCGCGGCGUGGAGGCUCAAACCUGAGCAAACAAAUAAGUUCAGGGAACGCCUCCCUCUCUCCGAUGUAAACUCGGGGCUCCAGACAUAACUAUUCCCCCUUCCCAGAAAAGCCCCGGGAAAGGCGGUAGGCAGAGGAGCACCAUAGGAGAGCAGGGGGCUAGAGCCGGGGCUCAGGGCUCGGGGGGCUCGGGGGCCACGGUCCCACCCCCUCAUGCACGGUAGCCGGCUGGGGGAAGGGCCCCGCCCCCUUCCCCGUGGAGGGCGGGGGCGCAUCUCUGGGCGCGAGCGAGUUAAGCCCAGUGGCCUCGAUGCUCCACGUAGGAGCUGGCUCGGCUGCCGGCUGCGGUCAGGGCCACCGUAUAAAGAGGGCGGCAGACCCGAGCGCCUAGGACUUGCCGCUGCCCGCGCCCCGCCGCCGCUGCUGCCCCCAGCCCCGGCCCCAGGCGUCCCAGCCAUGGUCCGCCCAAUGCUCUUGCUCAGCCUCGGCCUCCUGGCUGGUCUGCUGCCGGCGCUGGCCGCCUGCCCCCAGAACUGCCACUGCCACGGCGACCUGCAGCACGUCAUCUGCGACAAGGUGGGGCUGCAGAAGAUCCCCAAGGUGUCAGAGAAGACCAAGCUGCUCAACCUACAGCGCAACAACUUCCCGGUGCUGGCUGCCAAUUCGUUUCGGGCCAUGCCGAACCUCGUGUCAUUGCACCUGCAGCACUGCCAGAUCCGCGAGGUGGCCGCCGGUGCCUUCCGUGGCCUCAAGCAGCUUAUCUACUUGUACCUGUCCCAUAACGACAUCCGCGUGCUGCGCGCAGGUGCCUUCGACGACCUGACUGAGCUGACCUACCUCUACCUGGACCACAACAAGGUCACUGAGCUGCCCCGGGGAUUGCUCUCCCCGCUGGUCAACCUCUUCAUCUUGCAGCUCAACAACAACAAGAUCCGUGAGCUGCGCGCAGGCGCCUUCCAGGGAGCCAAGGACCUGCGCUGGCUCUACCUGUCGGAAAACGCGUUGAGCUCCCUGCAGCCCGGGGCCCUGGACGACGUGGAGAACCUCGCCAAAUUCCACGUGGACAGGAACCAGCUGUCCAGCUACCCCUCAGCUGCCCUGAGCAAGCUACGGGUGGUGGAGGAGCUGAAGCUGUCCCACAACCCCCUGAAAAGCAUCCCGGACAAUGCCUUCCAGUCCUUUGGCAGAUACCUGGAGACCCUCUGGCUGGACAACACCAACCUGGAGAAGUUCUCAGAUGGUGCCUUCCUGGGUGUAACCACGCUGAAACACGUCCAUCUGGAGAACAACCGCCUGAACCAGCUACCCUCCAACUUCCCCUUCGACAGCCUGGAGACCCUUGCCCUUACCAAUAACCCCUGGAAGUGUACCUGCCAGCUCCGGGGCCUUCGGCGGUGGCUGGAAGCCAAGGCCUCCCGCCCAGAUGCCACCUGUGCCUCACCUGCCAAGUUCAAGGGCCAGCACAUCCGUGACACGGACGCCUUCCGCAGCUGCAAGUUCCCCACCAAGAGGUCCAAGAAAGCUGGCCGCCAUUAAACAGGUUCUGACCCAGCCAGUCCUGGUGACUGGCCUCUGCCUUCCACCGGAGAGACUACUGACCUUCCCACCUCCACCCAUACCUUCUCCCCACAGCCUCUGCUGAUGCACAGAGCUGCCUACACCUAGACACAUCCUGGCAGGGGGCCUCGGGCACUCCACUACCAACCCAGCUCCACCCAGCAGUGUCCUGGGGAGAAGGAAGGCUGAGCCUCUCCCCAGCCUUCAUGCCUUCCCCACCCUCCAGCUCCUCUUGGAGAAGCUGUUGCUGAGACCCCCCCGCAAGUCAAUCAGAACCACAACGGGUUGGUCAUCAGGAUGGCCACCCUCCCAGGAUCAUCCUUCCUCUGUUCCUCUUUCCUGCCACGUGGAAACAAUCAUCAGAUCCUUGCCCCACCCCUUGCUUCCAGAAAGGGUUUUAAAGCCCAUGCCCCAACUCUGCCAGCCCCCACCUGCCAGGACGUUCUAGCAGGACAUCGGUGCUUUGCUGCCCAUCUUCCCAUGCUGCAAUUUCUUCCUGAGAUUUCUAUAAAUAUAAAUGUAUGUAUGUAUUAUAUUUAC